AAAUUCGUUAAUGCGUGCAUGCACUGUAGCACGUGCGAAGCUUCACGUGCCCCCAAUAACGACCGGGAAUAGUCCUUGAGUCGUGGCACCAAGGGCUUCAUCGUGUUUCGAUCGUCAGAUGUGGGGAUAUCGACGGAGCAGCGGAACGAGAACAACAGAGCAAAACAUAGCAGAAAAACACCCGACAUAACCCCAAAAAUCCGAGCCAUCAGUUGAUCCAAUCAGGCAAAUUGGAUUGACCGUUGAAAAUGUCCAUUUUCAGGAUUCUCCGGGGGAAUCGACACGUGCGAGGCACGAAGUGCUGGUCGUGGGAGGCUCCGAGGAAGUGCCAGGAGGUGGUUGUCAUCAAGAGAUGUGCUACGACUGCCAAUCCCGAGAAUAAGUUCGGGGGACUGUGGGGUUUAACUAGGAAAUGGAGAGUGAGCCUGCCCAUUGGAGUUGGGGUCUCGCUGAUUGCUGUGCUACAGUGGAGACACUUGAGGAGGUAUCCCUAUGCUGUUGAUGGGGAUGUCGUUCAGGGACCCAUAAGUGACUUGAUGGUGGAAUGCUACUGCUGCCUCCCACUGAGGAUCACCAGCCGUGUUUUCGGCUGGUUCGCCAGUGUGGAACUCCCAAAAGACUUCAGACCAUUUGUCUUCAAUCUUUACGCAAAGACUUUCCACGCUGAUCUCCAGGAAAUUGACUCUGACCUUGCCUCGUUCCCCAGUCUCGUCGAUUUCUUCGUGAGAUCGUUGAAGGAUGAUGCAAGACCCAUUGCUCAGAACACUGACAUUGUCUCUCCCUCAGAUGGAAGAGUCCUCCACAUCGGCCCCGUCACUUCCUGUCGUGUGGAGCAGGUCAAGGGCAUGACGUACGACCUCAGGCAUUUCCUGGGUGACUCGAGGUCACCCAAACUGGGAGAGAAAAUCCACUGUACAAAAGAGGAUAACGAUAAUUACGUCAAGUCUCUUUUGAAAAACCCUGAAAACAAACUCUACCAACUGACUGUGUACCUAGCACCUGGAGAUUAUCAUCGGUUUCACAGUGCCACAGAUUGGAGGAUCGAUCUGAGGAGACAUUUCCAAGGAAAAUUACUCAGUGUCAAUCCAAAAAUAGCGAGUUGGCUGCCAGAUUUAUUUUCCCUAAAUGAACGUGUGGUUUACCUUGGAGAAUGGUCUGGUGGUUUCAUGGCGUAUGCAGCAGUGGGUGCCACCAACGUGGGGUCGAUAAAGGUAUACUGUGAUAAGACACUAGCAACGAAUAAACGAAAGUGGCCCAAAGGGAAGGCCUGGGAGGACGCCAGUCUCGAUUGUGUGAAUGUCAAGAAGGGAGAGCUGUUCGGAGAGUUCAGGAUGGGCUCCACUGUGGUUUUGCUCUUCGAGGCACCAGAGGACUUUCAGUUUUCGGUGGAGGCUGGGCAGCCCAUCAAGGUGGGACAGGGCCUGACUCAGGGCUUCGUCGAGCUCAGGAGGAGGAGGAAACAGAUUGAUUUGAGCCGAAGUGUUAAUGAGGCUGUUGAACGUAUCACACCUGCUGGCCACGUGAAUUGAGGGCAAUUGGCUGAUUGAAUUCAUGUCUUUACAACUUUUAUAAGAAUAUUUCAACUAAUAGCAUUUUAACUACGAUUUUUUAACUUCUAAAACUUGAAUUAAUUUAUUAAUUUAUUAAUUUAUUAAUUUUGUAUCCUCAGGGCCACUGCGCCAAGUUCUGUUAGCCAAGUACAGGGUGCCGUCAGCACGUUGUUCACAAAUUUCAGACAUAUCGAAGGGAAAAUCGGGAAUUCAAUGAUACGAAAAUUACUAAAUUCCAUUAAUAGACAUUCAAAUGGUGAACAUUAGAAUUUUUCAAUGCUUCAGCCAAUUACAUUGCGAUUGACUACCGCCAUGAUUGGAAACAAUGACGCAGUUAUCAAUGGGACUUGAUAUGAUAGUUAAUAACGCUUUUCUAACGCAAUUAUUGAGACGCAAAAAAAUAAAAAUUGAAAAUUUUUUGCUCAUUGUUGAAAAUGCAAUAAUUUAAAUGAAAUCAGUUAAAAUGUCGUAGUUGGAAUGUUACCUAGUUGAAAGGACGUGCUACCAGGUGACGACGAUAGGGGAGAGGGGAGGCAUUACGGGUAAACAGUGAAUGUUCAAGUUUUGAUGGAAAACAAUGGAUUCGGGAGGUGAAAUGCUGGUUUCUCGGGUUUGGAGAUUGCCUGCGAACGAAAAUUUUGUCUGAAUAUCUGAUUUUUUUCAUUCGUAGAGAACUGAUGUUUGAAGACAAAUGUCUAAAAAUAUUUUUUGUAGAGAAUUUCAUAAUUUAUGAAACAUAUCUCUUCAGUUUUUUUAGGUACAAAGUAUUUUUGGAUGUAUCUCAGUGAAUAAUUGUCUGGGAACGAAAUCUUUUUGUGAAUAUCUGAUUUUUCUUAUUUUUGAGAAUUGAUGUUUAAGGGAAAAUGUACUGAAAUAAUUUUUAUAGAGGAUUUCUGAAUUUAUGAAGUUUUUUUUAUAAAGCCGAUAGUUUAUGAAAUAUUUAUGAAAUAGUUUUGAAUGUGUCUCAACGGGAAAUCCUCUGGGAACAGAAUUUGUUUGUCAAUAUCUGACUUUUUUGGCUUUCAAAAACUGAUGUUCGGCAGAAAACAUAAGAGAUAUUUUUUAUGAAAAAUUUCGUAGUUUACGAAACAAGUGUCUUGGGUUUUGGAAAAAUCCGCAAAGUAUUUUUGAAUAAAAAAUUGAAAAACAAUAAUAAUUUUGGGUCUAGAGUGUAAAUAUGUCUGAAAAGAGUUGGUGCAGGGAAAAAAACCAGGCCCAUUAAAUUGACACAUUUCAUCCCUUCAAUCCACAAAAACUAUUUGUAAAUACAUAAGUAAGUUUUAUUAUACUGAAGUCUGUAUCAAAUGCUGUAAAUAUAUCUUGUUAAUCUUUA